AUGGAUGGAUCAAAUCUUGUUCAAGAAAGUCUCCUUGACUUGCAGUUUGGAUAUGAUUUUUACUACGGCUUUGAACCAAAGCACGGAUGGCUCCUGUCAUAUAGCAUUGAAAAGAACAAGAACGACAGCCUAAACGUGACAUUUUAUUUUGUGGAUGAGUUUUCUAAUAACUUUAAAGUGCAGGUGCCAUACUUUCCUUCAAUAAUCGUUGAGUGUAAGGAAGAACUAAGUAGUGUAGAAGGAUAUCUUAAAAAGCGAUAUGAGGGAUGUAUACAAAGCACUGAAGUAGUUGAGAAAAUCGAUGUUAAGGAGUAUAAUCAUCUUAACAAACCACCGAAGAAAUUCUUAAAACUAUACUUCAGGACAGAAACAUCAUUUCAAGAGUGCAUAAAAAACUUAAAGGAUGUUAUUCUAGAAAGCACCAAAAACAGGUACAAAAAUGAAAUUUAUUCAGAUUUAUUCCAGGAGAAGUGUGCGAAUGAUAUAGCAAGUGAGAUCAUUCAAAUCCACGAGUACGACAUACCUUAUGAAAUUCACGUUGGAAAUGAACACAAAAUACGAUGCGGAUGCUGGUAUGAAAUAUCAUAUGAUGGUGAAAGCUAUAAAAUUGAACUCGACAAGCAGAAGAUUGCAUAUCCAGACCUACGGAUAUUUGCGUUUGACAUCGAAACCACCAAACCACCCUUAAAGUUCCCAAAUCCCGAGUCUGAUCAGGUGAUGAUGAUUUCAAUUAUGACUGACGAGUUCGGCGAACUAAUAACUAAUAGACAAAUUGUCUCAGAGGACAUCCAAGUGUUUGAAUAUCAUGCUAAAGAUGACAUGCGGUGCAUGUUCAGGGUUUCUAACGAGCCCUCGGAGGAAGCCCUGUUAAUACGCUUUUUGGAAGUAAUCUUGGAACACAGGCCACACAUUAUAACAACAUACAACGGUAGUUUCUUUGACUGGCCAUUUAUUUGCAAAAGAUUAAGCAAGUACAAUAUGAAUUUAUUUAAUUCUAUACAGUUUAAAGAGGUAAACGAAUACUUUGAUUGCCCCUUCAUAAUUCACUUGGACUGCUAUAAAUGGGUUAAGAGAGACUCGUACUUGCCAAUGAAUAACCAGGGCCUGAAGGACGUGGCGCGUAUAAAACUUGGGUAUUUUCCAGAUGAGAUAGAUCCCGAAGACAUGUUUAGGCUAGCUUCAGAAGAUCCACAGAGACUUGCCUCGUAUUCAGUCUCUGAUGCAGUAGCGACCUAUUAUCUUUAUCUGAAGUACGUGCAUUCCCACAUUUUCUCUGUGUGUUCUUUGAUACCAUUGCCACCUGUGCAGGUUUUGUGUAAAGGCGCCGGAACCCUUUGCGAGUCUCUUCUUUUAGCUGAAUCUGUUAGCUACAAAAUUCUUGUUCCACUUAAAAAAAGAACUGAUGGUCUCGAGUACUACAAAGGCCGUUUGAUUGAAAAUCUUACGUAUGUAGGUGGCCAUGUAGAGUCUCUUAGAGCUGGCAUCUACAGGUCUGACUUUUACCAGGAAUUUAAUAUAGACGAUCAGGUGGUUGAGCUUAUUAUCGACAAUCUUGACCAAAUAUUAGAAGAUUACACCAGCUGUACUGAUUACCAAGCAAAGAAGGAGCAAUACAUUUGCGAGAUUAAAAGUUGCAUAGGCAAAAUAAUGAGUAAGGGAUGUAUCUACCAUCUGGAUGUUGGUGCUAUGUAUCCUAAUAUUAUACUUACAAACAGGCUACAGCCGAUUUCGGUUGUAAACGAUGACGUUUGCAUUAGAUGUGAUUAUAACGAUGAGAAAAAUCAAUGCAGAAAGAAAAUGCAAUGGAUUUCAAGGGUUGAGUAUAUGCCACCAGAAGCAAAUGAAAUUAAUAUGAUUCGGAACCAACUUGAAAAUGAAACAUUUGCAGAUUUUAAUAGUGGCAUAUUAGAAAAAGUUGCCUAUAAAGACUUGCCUGAAGGCAGGAGAAAUGCAAUAUUGAAAGAUAGAAUAAGUGAAUACUCAAAGAAGAUAUACAAGAGAGUUAAAAAGGUGGAGGAAAACAAAGAGGAUAUUUAUAUCUGCCAAAGAGAAAUACCCUUUUAUGUUGAAACUGUCCGGAAGUUCAGAGACCAGAGAUACGUUUACAAGAAUCUGUACAAAAAGGCAGCUCAAGAGUAUGAAAAGAACCCAACGAGUGAGAACAAAAAGAAUCUUGUUGUUUAUAAUAGCUUGCAGGUUGCAUACAAAUGUAUUUUAAAUUCGUUCUAUGGAUAUGCCAUGAGGGAGGGAUCCAGAUGGUUUUCUUUGGAGAUGGCAGCUACGGUGUGCAAUGUUGGUGGCCAAAUUAUCAGGCUUGCAAAGGAGCUCGUUGAAAAGAUAGGAAUGCCGCUUGAGCUUGAUACUGAUGGCAUUUGGGGAAUGUUGCCCAUCAGGUUUCCACACACAAUUUCAUUUAACGGCAAGAGUGUUUCAGUUCUCAGUCUGAUUUUAAAUUAUUUUGUCUGUAAAAAGUUCACAAACCAUCAAUACCAAGUAGCUAAUGGUCACGGUGGAUUUGAUGCAGUGCAGCAAAAUUCAAUAUUUUUCGAGCUUGAUGGUCCGUACAAAACUAUGGUCAUUCCGUCGUCAACAGAAGAGAACAAGCUGCUAAAAAAGCGCUAUGUGGUUUUUAAUGAGGAUAAUAAGAUUGUAGAACUCAAAGGAUUUGAGCUUAAGCGCCGGGGCGAGUUGCAUUUUAUUAAAAAAUUCCAAGAGGAUAUUUUCAAUCAUUUUAAUGAUGGUACAACCCUAAAAGAAUGCUACGAUUCGCUGGCAAGUAUUUGCAACUACUGGAUGGGCAUUAUUGACCAACAAGGAGGUCCGUUGGAUGAUGAAUCAAUAUUUUACCUGUUUUCCGAGUCAAGAAAUAUGUCUAAGAGUGUUGAAAGCUAUGCAAAUAGAAAAUCAAAUAUAUUGAGCACGGCCAAAAGGCUUUCUGAAUUCCUGGGUGAUGACAUUCUCGAAGAAAAGCUCAAGUGUGAAUUUAUUAUCAGUAAAUUUCCAACCAGCGCCCCGAUUGUCGACCGUGCCAUACCUGUUAUGAUAUUCCGUAGUGCUGAAAAGGAUUUUUAUCUAAAAAAGUGGUUGAAAACAGCAAAUAAUACAGAUCUAAGGGAUAUAUUGGAUUGGGGUUAUUAUAGAAAACGUUUUGAAAAUAUCCUUCAGAGGCUGAUCGUUAUUCCAGCAUAUUUGCAAAACAUAGAGAAUCCGAUUCCAAGUGUUAGUCUUCCGAAUUGGAUGAAGGAUGCAUCGAAAAGAGAAAGAUUGGAGUUUUCCGUAGUCAAGGACAUUGAAGAUUCUGUUGUAAAGAAGAACCUUUCUGAUGUGUUCUACACAAAAAAUCAGUCAAAAAAACCAAAAACUAAUACAACGAUCACUGGCGAUUGUAUGAUGCAUGUGUCUGUUGGUGUUUCGGAUAAUAUUAAAACAGCAGUCGUCAGUCUGAAAAAUUCAGCGUUUCUGGAAUAUAUUGCUACAAAUACAUCGAAAUGGAUGGAGUUUUACACUAAUAAGCUUUCAUUUGCAUCAAUAGUAGCCAAGGUUGAGGUUGUUGAUCGAAAUUAUGUCACAAUCAAGUACUUGAAUGGUAAAUCUGUGAGCUUAGAUUUUGUUUGUGAUUUAUAUCUUGAUGUUUUCAACAAAAAGCACUUUGCUGAAAACCAGAUUGUGAAAAUGUACCUUCCCGACCAGAAUCUCUCGAAAGAUCUGGUAAAAAUUCAAUCGGCAGUAAGUGAAGUGGAAUCUAAAAAGUACUCAAAGUUCUUGAAUCAUUUUUCAAUUAUGAAAACAUAUAACAGAUUUAAACCCGAAUACCAGUUUUUCAAUCAAACAGAUCUAGUGUGUGGAGCCGUUGACUGCGUUGUAAUAUCCUCAUUUAACUAUUUAAAAAAGCCAGCCUUUGUCAUUACAACCACCGAAACGUUUAUAGUAUCGGAUACUAAACAUCCUAAUGUACUGAAGUUUAGUUUGAAGGAUUUCAUUGACAUUCGUUUAAAAAAUCAUAGAGUUGUUGUUUUCAGCAAAGCAGAUGCUAAUUCCACAACAAUAUCUGAUUCUUUUAAAAACUUUUAUCAGCUCGCAGUUGAUGUAGUGGCAACCUCGUUCUUAGAAACAUUUGAAAACCUAAUUAAGAUUCACAUUGAAUUUAAUUCUGAAUUGAAAAAAUGCUUCAGUAAUCUCCUGGAUAUUUCAAAGUUCGCAAAAAUUCCUAUUAUGAACAUCGAUGACUCCGUUCUUGACUUGAUGCUAUACAGACACUUUUUCAGAAACGGUGUAAUGCCUGUUCAAGACAUUGAAUUUUCACCUAAAUUGAUCAAGGAUGAAACACAUAGGUCGGGGUAUUAUAACUCAUAUUGCAUCCAAUUCGAAAGCUCCAAUUCACUUAUUUUAUCCAUUCUUGAAUACAAGGCAACAGCCUCAGAUAUUUCCUUAUAUCAUGGAUAUCAAAGGAAAGAUUUUCAAGUAUUUAAAACCUUUCUAAAGGAUUUGGUAUUAAAUGCUUUGAGGGGAAAUGAUGGACUCAAAUCACUACUCUUGAAAAUUCCAUAUUGGGCUAAAAAGGGCUCUGGAAUCAUUUCUUCAGAUCUUCGAGAGGUCAUUGAGAUUACUCAUCAGCGAUAUAAUAUUGGACUGGUUUCAGUGCUGAAGGAGAACCAUAUUAAGAUUGUUUCAGCUUCAAAGGAUUUGAUGAUCAUAGAUACCGAAAAACCAACCUUGGACGGAUGCAACUCUUUUGUUGAGUAUUUGAAGAACAAAAUAUCAUCUAUUCCAGGAUAUGAGUUAUUGAACUUGAAGGUUUUGAGGAUAUUUGGAAAGCUUGGGUUUGUAGAUCAAACGAAUUAUUUCUUCUAUGAAAAUAACGAGUUUAUUUCUGGAUUUUCUGAAUGUAAAAUUCCACUGUCAUUUCUGAAAUUAUACUUUUCAGACGCUGAAGUUAAAAACGAGGACGUCUAUAGCUUAGUGAAGCAUGUCGACAGAAAAACCCUCAAAGCAAUGCUCCGACUGCUUUCCUAUAAACGGGAUAUUCAUGGGCUUGCAUCAAAUUGCUACCGACUAAUGAGAUGCAGUGAAUUUGACGACCUUGAUGAGCCAGAGUUUAGUUUGACAGUAUAUUGCAGAAAGUGCGGAUUUGAAAACUUUCUCAGAAAGCACUGCAUUAAAUGUUAUUCAGUAAUCGACCAAGAGCAAGUUAAAAAAGAAGCAAGUGAAUAUCUUAAAUAUUGUUGGAAAAUGCAAAUAUUCGGGAACAGGUUCUGCAACAAAUGCGGUUGCUGUGAAGAGAAAAAGCUAAAAGAGUACUGUUGUUGUGGAGGAAAGCUUGUCAAAAAAGAAUAUUUAGAAGAUGUGUGCAAAAUACAGAAUUUUGUUUCAUCAAAGGUUUUUGACUGUGAGGUUGAAAAGUUUAAAAGUUUUUUCAAAUAA